AUGACGGCCACAGCUGCAGUGGGGACAUCAAAAAUGGAGAAGAGUUCCUCCAAGGAAGAGAAACAACAAUCUAAGAAGGACAGGAUGGAGCAGAGCAAUGCUGAUUCUGAGGAGUGGAUGAACUCUGAGAAUGAACCUGAACAGAUGAGCCUUAAGAACAGUAACAAUGACAAUAGCUACGGAUCUGGGGAUGCUCAGUUGAAAAAAAAGGAUAUUCCCGCCAAGCCACACCGUCAGCUCUUUAGAUCACCCUGCUUAGAUCAUCCAAGCUUCUCCCAGAGCAGCAUUCUACAGGAUAGGAAGCUUGACUUGGAAAAAGAAUACCAAGCCAAGAUGGAUUUUGCUCUAAAGCUGGGCUAUGCAGAGGCACAGAUUCAAUCAGUAUUGAACAAGCUGGGCCCAGAAUCACUUAUUAAUGAUGUAUUGGCAGAGCUCGUCAGGCUUGGGAACAAAGGCGAUUCAGAAGGGCAGGCCAGUUUGAGUUUGUUAGUACCUAGGGGUCCCAGCUCUAGAGAGAUUGCAAGCCCUGAACUGUCUCUUGAAGAUGAAAUAGACAACAGUGAAAAUUUGAGGCCAGUUGUCAUAGAUGGAAGUAAUGUGGCAAUGAGCCAUGGGAAUAAAGAAGAAUUCUCCUGCAGAGGAAUACAACUUGCUGUGGACUGGUUUCUAGACAAAGGCCAUAAAGAUAUUACUGUAUUUGUGCCUGCAUGGAGAAAGGAGCAAUCCCGUCCUGAUGCACCAAUUACAGAUCAAGAUAUUCUACGUAAACUGGAGAAAGAAAAGAUUCUUGUCUUCACACCAUCCCGAAGGGUCCAGGGCAGGAGAGUUGUCUGUUAUGAUGACCGGUUCAUAGUCAAAUUGGCUUUUGAUUCCGACGGCAUCAUUGUAUCUAAUGAUAACUACCGAGACCUUCAAGUUGAAAAGCCAGAAUGGAAGAAGUUUAUAGAGGAGCGGUUGCUGAUGUAUUCUUUUGUGAAUGACAAAUUUAUGCCUCCAGAUGAUCCUUUAGGACGCCAUGGCCCAAAUCUUGAAAAUUUCUUGAGAAAGAGACCUGUUGUUCCAGAGUACAAGAAGCAACCAUGCCCUUAUGGCAAAAAAUGCACUUAUGGCCACAAGUGCAAAUACUACCAUCCGGAGCGGGCCAACCAACCACAGCGUUCGGUGGCUGAUGAGCUCCGCAUCAGUGCCAAACUGUCCACAGUGAAAACCAUGAGUGAAGGCACCCUGGCCAAGUGUAGCACAGGGCUGUCUAAUGCCAAAGGUGAAAUAACCUCCGAAGUCAAACGUGUGGCCCCCAAGCGCCAAUCGGAUCCCAGCAUCCGGUCCAUGGCUGUGGAGCCUGAGGAAUGGCUGUCCAUUGCCCGUAAGCCUGAGGCCAGCUCUGUCCCCUCACUUGUGACUGCCCUAAGUGUCCCCACAAUCCCACCCCCCAAAAGCCAUGCGGUGGGUGCACUCAACACUCGUUCAGCCAGCAGCCCAGUGCCAGGAUCCUCUCAUCUCCCCCACCAGAAGGCCUCACUGGAACACAUGGCUAGUAUGAAGUACCCUCCAAUCCUGGUUACCAACAGCCAUGGGACACCUAUUAGCUAUGCUGACCAAUACUCAAAGUUUGAGUCCCUGGGGGACCACAGCUACUAUUCAAUGUUAGGCGACUUCUCCAAACUGAACAUCAACAGCAUGCAUAAUCGAGAGUACUACAUGGCUGAAGUAGACCGAGGGGUGUAUGCCCGGAGUCCCAACCUCUGUCCUGACAAUCGUAUGAGCCAUACCAGGAACGACAACUACUCCUCUUACAACAACCUGUACUUGGCUGUAGCUGAUGGCCAUCCUGAAGGCAAUUUAAAGCUGCAUCGCUCAGUAUCUCAGAACCGUCUUCAGCCUUUUCCUCAUGGUUACCAUGACGCCUUAACACGAGUGCAGAGCUAUGGCCCAGAGGAUUCUAAGCAAGCCCCCCACAAGCAGUCAGUUCCCCACUUAGUUCUACAAGCCCAGCACCCAGCAACUGGAGCAUGUUCAAGCUGUCCUGGAGACUACCCCAUGCCUCCUAAUCUCCACCCUGGGGCAACCCCCCAGCCAGGACGUGCUCUGGUAAUGACUCGGAUGGACAGUAUUUCUGACUCCCGCCUCUAUGAAAGCAACCCAAUGAGGCAAAGAAGACCUCCCCUGUGCCGGGAACAACAUGCCAGCUGGGACCCAUUACCCUGUACAACCGACUCCUAUGGCUAUCACUCCUAUCCCUUGAGUAACAGCCUCAUGCAACCAUGCUAUGAGCCAGUCAUGGUACGGAGCAUGCCUGAAAAGAUGGAACAGCUUUGGAGGAAUCCUUGGGUUGGAAUGUGCAAUGAUACCAGGGAGCAUAUGAUCCCAGAGCACCAGUAUCAGACUUAUAAGAACCUCUGCAAUAUUUUCCCUUCAAACAUCGUCCUUGCAGUGAUGGAAAAGAAUCCCCACACAGCAGAUGCCCAGCAACUGGCAGCCUUGAUUGUUUCUAAGCUUAGGGCUGCACGUUGA